GUUAACAAUACUUUCCUAUAUAAAGGGUAUUGAUAUAUUAUGGUUGACCAAGGAAAAGAUUUUUCAGAUUAUUCGAAUCUUAGGGUUUCAACAAACAAAGAGAGAUGAGUGAAGCCACCGUGUGGUCUGAUUUACCCGGAGAACUCCUCGAUCAUAUAGCCAACGGUCUCUUCUCCAAAGUCGAGCUUCUCCGAUUCCGUAGCAUCUGCAAAACCUUCCGUUCUGCGGUUGACUCCGACAAGAAUUUUCUCGACCACCUCAAACGCAACCGUAGACGCCUUCUCUCUCCUUACAGUACUGGUAAAACGUGUUCGCUCUCUCCCGCAGCUUUCUAUCGAGUGGUUCUGUCGUCAUAUCCGGACAAAGGAUGGCUUAUCAAACUCCAAGAUGCCUAUGUCUCCUCUCAAAAGCAGCUCCUUUCUCCUCUCUCUCGUUUCUCCAUCAAAUCAUCUGGCAAAACCCUAGAUCUCUUGGAGUUCACGGUUUCAGAGAUUCAUCAAUCUUACGACGUGGAAUACUUAUAUUAUAAUUCGACUAGAGCAUCGUUUAAUUUCGCUAGAGUUGUUCUAGCAGAGGACUUUGUUUUCAUAGUUGAUAACUACAAGAAAAUCUGGUUGUGCAAUAGUAACGAAAGUGAUAGUCAUUGGGUAAGAAUCAUGGAUGAAGAAGUUAAACUUUUCUCGGAUAUUGUAUUUCACAAAGGUUAUAUGUAUGCCUUAGACUUAACAGGAGCAGUUUGGUGGAUUAGUUUAUCUGAGUUUGGAAUAUUUCAAUUCGGACCUUCAAGUACUCCAAUGGACUACUGUGACAUUGAUGAGUGCAAAGACAAGAGGUUCGUUGAGUAUUGCGGAGAUCUAUGCAUUGUUCAUCGAUUUUCUAGGAAAUUUCGCAUAAAGCGAGUUGAUAUAGAUAUGACAGUUGGUUUCAAGGUUUAUAAGAUGGACGAGGAAUUGGUUGAAUAUGUUGAGGUUAAGUCUUUGGGAGAUAAGGCUUUUGUGAUGGCUACAGAUAGUUGUUUCUCUGUCUUGGCGAGAGAGUACUAUGGAUGUUUGGAGAAUUCGAUCUAUUUUACAGAGCAAAACAAUGUUAAAGUGUUCAAGCUUGGUGAUGGUAGUAUCACUAACAUGGUUGAUUCUUCUUUUCAGAGUUGUUUUCAGAUGCUUAUUCCUCCUUUAGUUUGA